GCAUGCCCUAAGUGCUUUCAGUGUCAGACAGUUCUGCCGGGAUGGAAAUAAAUGCAGGUUUGAUUUUGCUCCUGGCGCUGGGAUGGAGCCAGACCCUCCAGGCGCUUCCGAUACUUCCAGAUCCUCUUUACCCCACACAGGAGAACUUUGUUUUGAUGAAGUUUUUGGGAACAUGGUAUGACGUCGUCUUGGCGACCACAAGUCCUAACCUCCCAAAGUACAGGCAAAAUACAGCCAUAGGAAAAUGGCUUGUGCAGAAAAGUGCAGUUGACACAAAGCUCAAGACGACCCGAACUGCACUCAGAUAUGGGAUGUGUAAGGAGGUCAUUAAAGAUAUGGAGCUGACUGGCACACAAGGACGAUUUUUCUACACUACUAAUCGAUCUGGAUCUAAAGUGGACGCUUAUGUGCUCCACACAAACUACAAUGAGUACGCUGUCAUGAUUCUGAACAAGAUCAGGCCAUCGGGGGAAAAGAUAACCAACCUCAGGCUUUACAGUCGAACAAUGACUGUGAGGCCCUCUGUGCUGGAGGACUUCAAAACACUGGUCAAAGAGCAGGGAAUGGGUGAAGACACCAUCCUCAUCAAAGAAGACAAAGGUCUAUGUGUUCCUGGAGAGCAGGUUGCCGAACCAGAACCAGAACCACAGCCAAAUCCUCAGAGGUGGAGGAGACAGGUGCUGCCCUCUUUGUCUCCAGCAGAUGUUGAAGGCUCCGGGGCUGAAAUGAGUCUGUUCAAUGGAACCGAGGCGUGUGCAUCAGCUCCAGACUCGGGGCCAUGUUUUGGGAUGGUCCAGCGUUACUUCUACAACUCCACCUCGCUGACAUGUGAGCUCUUCAACUUCGGAGGCUGCCUUGGCAACCAGAACAACUUCGUAACAGAAAAAGAGUGUCUGCAGAGAUGUCGACCUGAGGCUGUGUGCCGCCUCCCCAUUGACGUCAAACCCUGCAUGGGGUCUCCACCUGUUUGGGCCUUUAAUUCCACCUCUGGUCUGUGCAUGCCCUCCAAACAAGGCUACUGCCAAGCUAAUGGGAACAAGUUCUACACCAAGGCAGAGUGUGAGGAAUACUGCGGGGUGAUAAAAGCUGAUGAAGAGCUUCUGAUGUCGAAUUGAGUUGGUGCAAAUAAGACAAAAAUACACCACCAAGCCGUGAAAUGCGAAAAUUAUACUGCAAAGAAAGAUGCCAUAACUUCACAUGACAUUCAAAGAAUACAAAUAAAGAAAUUUCAGAUCUUCUUU